AUAUUGUGAAAAUUAUUCAGCCAUUCAAGCCAUCAUGAUUCGAUGGAGAAUGGAGUCUUGUUUUAUCAUAUUUUGCUGCUUACACCUAGUUUUUGGUGUUCCAGAUGUGAAACUUGUAGAUUUUACUUAUGAACUACAAUCUGCAAAAAUUUAUCAAGAUAUUCAAACGGUUUUUACAAUAAGUAAUGCAGUCAUUAAGAACUUUAAUCCUGAUCAUGCCGGAGAUGAAGGGACGACUAAUUAUGUACCUGUUUUUUACGUAACCGAUACUGAUUUGUCCGCUGGAGUGCCAGAUACUUUGUCAUUAUCGGGAAAUUUGGAAACUAACGACGCUACAAAGACACUGUUAAAGACAAAGCUACGUUUUGAAGGCCAAAUAAGUUUUGGUGGAUCACUUACGCUAACAGUGCCUUCUGUAAAAUGUUCAAGUGUUAGAUACAUAUGCCUGGACAUAGGUAAACAGGCGACAAUUGUUGGAGAUGUCAAUGAAAAUGAUGACAAAAUUUGUAAAGAUAUAUCAAGCUUGAUUCAGUGCAAUGACGACACGGUUGAAUUGUCUACCUUUUAUUUAAAAACUAAUACUGAAACCAUAGCUGAAAAUUCCUUUGCUGCUGCCGAUAUUAUCCUCGAUAUACAGCUAAGAGGUUCAAAGUUCAUCUAUACUCAUAAUAUAUCGUUAUGGGUAUCAUUAGGUUCGUGGGAUAGUUUAACUACUGGAAAUGAAAUACCAGUUGGUAAGGUUAAUUUAAAAAGUGAAAAAUUAGCAAGUUCGACGAAAUACGAGAUAACGGCAAAAAGUAUCGAUAUUCCAUCGUUAAGUUCUACACCAUCAACUAGAAAGUUUUGCGGAUAUAGUUUAUUACUAUUAAAAAUAGAUAAGGAACAAUUUGUGGACGAAACGGAUGAAACAAACAAUGUCGAAUCAACGACAAUUUAUAUUUUAUGUAAUGGAGAUAAGUUGGCCGUCACUGAUUUCAAGACCAGCUAUGGCUCUUUACAAAACAAGCUAUACUCUAAUUCCGAUAUGCCUAUUUGGGUUACGGUAACCGUUCAUAAUGUUGAUGUUGAAGAUGUUAUAUGGCACGGUGGAAGAGCCCAUUUUAAUUUAGAACUAUACGCACACAAUUCAAAUAAUUUACUGACUGGUACGCCUGUUCUAGUUAGUCAAGAAGGCGUUUAUUAUGAAAAAUCUCCAACUGAAGCUCUGUUUCCCGCCUAUGGAAUUGUAUUAAGAAAUACAAAAUUUCAUCUAGAUUCAACUAAAUUCACAACAGGAGCUUUUACUCAUUUAAUUAUUAAAGCAACUUCUGAUCCACUUUUUAACUUUGUUGAUGAUAUUGUGGAAAAUGACUUUGCUGCUGUAACAAUUGAUCAGGGGGAUGAUUCCGCUAAGGACCUUAAACUCAUUAAUUUCAAAAUGAGGCAAACCGAAAUAGUUGCCGACGGAUCCGUUGUUCCCGAAACCAAACUAUCACCAGCAGAUGAUUCGCCAAUAGCAGGCGAUUCACUAUCUUUUGCAGGGACUUUAGAAUUUACGGGCGUUACCACUAACAGUAUUAAAAUGAAACUUUACUAUUCAACCGAUGGUCAUUUUGAUGCAAAUGCUGAUUCAGAUUCUGGUAUUCAAUUAGAAUUAGACGCUGCUAAAAGUUUAAUAAAAGCAACCGAAGGACAAGCAGCUUUAGCGGCACCUUCCGAAAAGAAAUUUUGCGGUUUCAUUUAUGGUAUAGUUUUCGUGGAAUCUGACUCGUCCAUAGACAGAAAUAUGAAUAAUAAUUGGGUUGCUAAUCCAAUAGUAUUAAAGUGUCAUUCAACUGAUACUAUUGGAUUAACGGAAUUAGAAAUACUUCCGACUUUAACUUCUAAACAACCAAAACUAUGGCCAACUGACGAAGGAGUUCCAAUAUCAUUUAGGAUUAGAGUAACUUGCAAUGUCGCUGAUUGUUCAGCUUUUACUUCUUCGCAGAAAAACUUCCAAUUAGAAUUGUACUUAGACCAGGGUGAUAAGGUUAUUGGUAAUGCUGAGCACCUUUUGAGUGUAGUUAAUAAUACUGUUGUUGAACAUAUAUCUGGAAAUGGGCUAGAAUCUGCAUUAACUGAGAGGGCUGUCGAUUUGGAUAUUACAGCCAACUUUAAGAUAUCGAAUGUUUCUUGUAAAAGUCAAAUGUAUUUGGGAGUUCAGCUACUCAAAGCUGAUGGAAAUCCGGAUGAUUAUGCGGAUAACGAUUACAUAAUAACAUCCUUUCCUACUAUUGAUUGCAAUGCUGUCCAGAUGGAUUUGAACCCCACUCUUACUAAAUUGACGUCAAUAACACCUGGAAAACUGCAUAAUUUUGAUUUAAAAGUGACGCUAACUGGUGAACUACCUCUUUCAAUUAUUCCCAAAUUUCGAUUUAAGAUAAUACUGUCUAAAGAUAAAGUUUAUGAUGAUGACAGAGACAUAGUAGUCAAAUACAGAAUGACGGAAUGCCAAUCAAAUAUCCUAAAGCAAUCCUUCGCCUCAGGUUCCGUAAUCGAUUUAUCUGAUCCUGUUGGAUUUAAAUUCGAUAAGAACGUUGCACAUUAUUUUUGUGAUAAUUUGAAUAAACUCUACGUUGGAAUAUUCGUUGAUAGCAAUAAUGAAUAUGACGAAAUUUACGAAGAUAAUAAUAUUGCUUGGUCACCCGAAUUAACAAUAAAUCCAGCUCCUGUUUGUAAGAACUACGCUGUUGAAAAGAAACUCGAAGUUGCGAUAGUUAAUGUCAAUGGUCCACCGUAUUCGUCUCAAAAUUGGGAUGAUGUAUACAAAUUCGAAGUACUCUUGACAAAUGCCUAUAAUAAAAUAAUUGAACGUUCUUCUAGUGUAUUAUACACAAUUUCUGUUCAUCUAUCUCAGGAUGAUAGUAAACUAUCUCCAGGAAAAAAAACUCUUAUAGUUGAGGAAGGAGCAAGCGAUGAAUACGCUGGAGGGAAGUUGGCAAUUAAUGCUGGACAAACUUUGAAAUUAAAUUAUACUGCAAAGCUUUGUAGGGAUUCGACUCCAGCUGAAUGUUCCAUUGACAACGUCCUAUCCGACUGCUCUACUCUAUCAACCAAACACAAUCCAACUUUUAUUGUUACUGGAACUCCUAAAUCAUUUUUAACAGGUUAUACCGAAGGUUCGGCAGCUACUACAGCUGCUUAUAUUUCAUGUGCGAGUCAAGUUUAUCCACAGAUCAAAUCAAUAGGUUUAACUGGUACAAUAUAUCCUGGAACUGAAUAUCCGUUUACUUUCGAAGUCAGUGCUGUAAAUUUUAAUAGAAAUCCAGCAUCUUUUAGUACAAGUUCUGAUAACUUUAAUUUGAAAAUUUUUAUUGAUAAAGACACACUUGAUUUACCUACCGAAGCUGUAAUUGAUUCAUCGUCAUCACUUACAGCCGCUUAUCGGACAGAUAUUGACGGUUCAGGUAAAUCUGUAAUGUUGUCUGGAACUGGAAAAGUGUCUUUGACCACUGCAAAUUGUGGCAGUAUGAAUGCGAAUAGUGAUAUCAUAAAGGCUACAAUAACACCAACUGUCUCCGGAUAUAGUGCAGCAACAUCAGUAUUUCUAAACACACAAUGGACGUACAACUGCAAUCCAAAUUAUAUUGACUUAUCCUUCGGUCAGUUUCAGCUAAAAACUGGAGGCAGUGAGAAUUCUGAAGUAACUAUUGAUGUGAAUAAAGAUUACAAUAUAAACGUAAAAGUUAGGACUUCCGGAACUGAAACAUUCACUUCUCAAGUCAAUUAUUACCUACUGCUAUAUUUAUCAAUGGACGACAAAUACGACAACAACGAUUGGUUUGUAGAUAGCCUCGAUGGUCCUACCUCAGCAGUUGCUGCCGAUUCUACUAGCACUGAGUCUAUGACAGGAGCAAUAACUCCAUCAGGUGAAAAGUGGGCUAGACUAUGUAAUAUAGGUAGAGGAUAUGUCAUUGCUAAACUUGAACAUAAAGACAACACUAAAAUUGAUCCAUAUGUCGAAGAUAAUUUUAUCUCUUACGCCAUAACAUUAAAGUGUCCAGAUGAUAUGUUUGUAUUGCUGGACUGGAAGUUGGAUGAACCUAAUAUCCAAUUACUCGAAUCGACUAGCUUUACUUUAAAGAGUUCAGUAAAAUUAACCAACCUUGGCAGUGCCAACAUUCCGGCGUCAGAGAAUCUAGAAAAGCCAAACUUUUUUUUUAGACUGACAUUUAAACGUUCGGAUAGUUCAAUUGUCUUGAUUCCAUUAAAAUCAUUCAAAACAUCUAAUUUUAGACUACAAUAUCAAGAACUUGAAGUAAAUGUUACCUACUCUGUUGAUAUUGAACAAGUUUUUGAAUUUUCAAAUAGCUUUUGUACCAAUUUCAACAAAAUACUCUCUCUUGAAAUUGUCGCCGGUACCGGUAUACCUUUAGGUUUUGUUGAUAAACUACCAUCGACAAACAUAUACAGUAUGCAAAUGAAGGAUAAUUGUGAUACACAGACUGCUGAUCUGACUAUAAGUUCUUUUGUUUUAAGUACUAUUUCCGACGAGUUAGGAUAUUUCAAAAAAGUUGAUUUCAGUCUUGUUACUAAUUUGAAAUUAAACGGUGGAAAAACUUUAACUGGAGGUAGUAAGAAAUUUGAUUUAAAAUUCUAUUUCUCUCUGGACGAUAUCUUCGACUCUGACAAGGAUAGAGAGUUUCCUUAUGAUUUCACUACACACUUUAGUGCAGAAUUAAAUGCCGAUUAUUCAUCAGCCGGUGAUAAUUCAAUAACAUUUAAUGGAGGUUCAGGAAGUGGAAAAGAGCUUAGACUACCUUAUUACUUUCGCAAUGAAAUUUGUGGUAAAGCUUAUAUCUUUGUAGAGAUAGAUUCUUCGAAUGGAAUACAGGAAACAGAUGAAACGAAUAACGUCUUAUUUGAUUUUCUUCAAUUAGAAUGUUCCGGUGAUGUCUACAAUUUAAAGGUACCAAGCUUAAAAGUUGGUUCCAUUGUUAUGCUUAACGAAUUUUUACAAGUUACAUUUUCGUCCGAAAUAUACAAUUCGGGUUCGAGUAGUAUAUCAUCUUCUUCGAAUCCAAACUUUGCUAUAUCUGUAUAUCUUCAAAAGGGCGAUAUAUUCGAUGAUCAAAUUGCAAUUGAUGUCACUCCAGCGUCGUAUACUUAUAUCAAUUCAGAAGAAGAUAAUCUAAAAGCAAGCCAAGCUAGAUGGUCAAGUGUAAAAUUAAAGAAUGUAAAAGCUUCUAUGAAUAUCACUGACUGCUACAAAAAUGUUGAUCAUUUAUUUAUUGUAAUCAAAAGUCUAAGGAAAACAGAAUGCAUCCAGGAGAAUAAUUAUUACUCAUCUAGUUCAUUUAAAUGCUUAACUACGAAUGCUAUUGACCUUCGCUUGAACCUUGACAGAAAUAACGAACAAGAGUUUAAAUUAGAUACACACAAUCAAAUUACUCUUGACCAACCAAAGAAGUUUGUGCUACGUCUUGCUAUUGAUGCAGCUGGCAGUAUGAAAGUUAAACCAUUCGCUAUUAAAUUAACAUUAUCUGAUGGAUUGAAUACAGUUAAUAUUCCAUUAGGUCUAGAUAUAAUUGACAUUAAGGAUACAUUGACCGACACAAAAGAAUUAAACUUUGAUGGCUCAUUCACCUUAGAGCCUGGCAAAUAUUUACCUUUUUGCAACAGUGACUUAACAUUAAAGUUAUCCAUUGAUCCGAACGAUGAGAUAAAUGAAUGGAAUGAACAUAACAAUGAUUUUAUAAUACAGCAAGUAUCCGUUGUUGGAACUUUCUGUAACUCAGACUUGGAUCUUUCUGUUGAGGAUCUUGAAAUGAUAGACCUUGAUGAGAAUAUUAUUCUCCAAGACCAAGCAUUCGAUUUUUACUUUACAUUUAAUAUAAACAAGCCUGGAGCGUCGACGGCGCCAGAUCCUUCCAGUUUUAAAUAUAAAUUAGUUAUUGCUGAUAGUAUGAAGAAUGACGGAAAAACUGUAACUAUUUCUGAUCAAACAUACUCUAGCUUAGGUACAAAGAAAGUGGAAGCUUCAGUCACAUUGUCAAUGUCUGGUGGCGGGGAUACUGUUCAAAGAUGGUUUUGUGGGUUAGUUGUUUACAUGGGUGUGAAUAUUAAUUACGACGAAGCGAUAACGGAGCCUACUUAUACUAAUAAUUGGCUAUGGAAACCAGUAAGAGUUAAAUGCCCAUCGAUAAAUACUAUAGCCAUUGUGGGUCUUCAACUUACCGGUAGUGACCAACCUGGAAAUACAAUACCUGAAGGUCAGAGUACUACAAUAACUUUUGAUGCAAAAGUUUUAAAUAAGGGACAAGAAAAGAAUGCCGGAUCGAAUCAUUUCGACUAUAAAGUCUAUCUUCUGUCGUCUCUAGUUAGCGAUUUAAGUAGCGGUUCUCCGGGAGACGCCUCGGCAGUAAUAGCAAAUGCACCUGGAAGAGAUGUAAAAUUUUAUAGUGGUCAAAUUAUUGAGCAUACAGCAGUAACAGCAACAUUUACGAUUUCAUCUUCAAAUUGUAUAACAACUAAUUACUUAUGUAUUGAAGCGUCUAAUGUGGGUGAUGAACAGAAAGAGGACAAUUUCAAAUGCAUUUCUGUAUCAGGGAAUGAAAAAGUUAAUUUGGACUGCAAGAGAGAUAUUAGUAUUACGUCAUUGACUGUGAAACCGCAAAAGCCUUUAAAUAAAAUCUAUCGAGAUUCUUUAUCUCCGUUAAGCUUCUCACUUACUAUGGGCUUUACUGGUAGGACUGUGGAAAGUGAUUCAGAAACUCUUGUGUCUUUUGAAGCAUACUUAAGCGAUCGAAAUGACAUUAUUCCAACAAGUGGAUAUAAGCAAUUGAUAGGAGAAUCUAAGGGAUUAACAUACACUCAAUCAACAACAACAACACUUACAUCACAAAUAACCCACGGUGAUUCAAAUAGUAUAGGAGGAGAUAUUAGAAUAAUGAUACCUUCUGCAAAUUGUUCAACAUCAAGUAGAUUCGUUUGCUUAAAAUAUAAAAUAACUAGACAAUUGAAUCCGCCAUUUGACGAUAGUAAUUCGGGCAAUGAUGCAACAUGCAAAUCUUUAGGAGAGCAUUUACAAUGUGACGACGAAAGUAAAGAUAUAAGUCCUUCUUGGUUGAAUUUUCCUGAUGUCUUAAUUACUGCUGGUGGUAAACAUUCUUUUGAGUUAUUUGUUGACGUGGAACUUAGGGGAUCGGCCAAUUCAGAAAACAUAAUCUUUGAUGGAGAAUUCUUCCUGUCUACCGAUGACAAAUUUGACAAUGGAACUGAUAUUCUCCUGCCUUACGAUGGUUUAUCAUACGGAAUGGCUCGUUUAGAGAUGAUGAGAACCUACAAGACUCCUGGAAAAUAUACCAUGAAUCUAAAAAGUUCCAAAUUGUCAAUACCCAAUUCAAUAUCAAUUUGUGGCGAGAGCUAUAUACUAUUUUUGGCUGAUACAUCCAACACAAUCAGUGAAAGAUAUGAGGAUAAUAAUAUGAUUAGCACAAAGGUAAGAACGUCUUGCGUUGGAGACGUCUAUGAGGUGGUCGAUUUCAAAAUUUCGAGUAUGGAAGAUAUUUAUAUUGGCAUAUCAACAACAGUAACAUUUAACUUUAAAAUAAGAAAUAUCAGUCCAAAAACUUUAAAGAAAACAUCUUCUCUUUCUUUAGAUAGAUUAAUAAGAGUUUUUGUUAUGGAUAGCCUGCUGGAUUCAUCUCCCUACGUUGUAGGCGAGAUUGAACUUCCCAGUGAGUUUUAUAAAGAGAUAAAGCCAGGAGAACUCUUAGAAGUAGAAGGUGCAAAAACGUUUUUCUCCUCGGACAAUACAGUAUUCACAUUAGCAAAAUGUAAUAGCUUCAACGGUUUGUUAUUGUAUGUGGCUUCAUCUACAGAAACUUAUAAACUGAAUAACCAAAAGUUUAUCUCAAUUGACCUAUCAUUGAAACGCUGUUCUGUAUCGUCAACGUCGUUGAGAGACGUUAAGUUAAUUGACAUUGAAUUACCACAGAUAUUACCAGUUCCAGGAACUUUUAGCAGUUGGCAUAUAAUCGCUACGAAUGUCGGCUCAGCAAGUGCCGCAAUAACAGAAAAAGGGUUUACGUCUACUUUUUAUGUUAGUAACGGCAAAUCUUCCAUUAAAAUAGCAGAUUUAUCUAAUUCGAUUUCGACGUCUAAAGGAGAACAAAAGGAAGAGUUAGUUUUUAACAAAGAUACAAAAAUAAAAGCUUUUACCGAUAAAUCAUAUUGCGGUUACGUAACUGCUUAUAUAAUGACUGAUUCUGAAAAUGAUAUUACAGAAAAGAGUGAAGAAAAUAAUAAAAUGUCAACAGAAAUUCUAACUGCAUGCGAAGGGGAUUUUUUCUCAUUAUCACACCUUGAUCUUGUUUCAAACAGACUAUCAGAAUCAAACGAAUUACCUUUAAUUUUUUUCGUAAAGGUUAUUUGCUUGAAAUCAUCUUGCAUGAUAGGAUCGUCGGAUGAAAAUAUAAAGUUUAACAUUUAUGUUUUAAACUCUACUAGUGGUUGGUCUCACUUACAAACUAUUGACAAAAACUCUACAGUUUAUCCUCAUCUGGGCGUCACCUUUAAACGUCAAGGUUAUGAGAGGACAUUUCACGUUAAAAGCAAAGCAAAAUUACCAAUGGAUACUUGUAAUAAUAGUAUUGCAAGACUGAAAAUUCAAUUAGACUUUGGAAGUGGUUUACCAGGAAAGAUGGAUAAUGUUACAGAGAAUAAUAAUAUUUAUACACAAGUUGAAUGCGCAUCGUCCAAUAGAGACUUAAUAGCAACGAAUUUUAAGAUAUUGGAUGAAAAUCCUUUAAAAAGUAGGCGAAUUAAAUACCAAGUUGAUAUAAAUUUAGAAGGAGAAAAGCUUGAUGCUAUCGAUCCAUUAGGCAUAGCUCCGCUAUUCAAUAUAGGUCUUUAUGUAUCAAGAGAUAGACUUUUAUCAAAAGAUGAUAUACGAAUGGACUAUAUUAUGUCAGAAUGUGCAGCCAGGACAAUAAAUAAAGGAAUUUCGAACGAAACUAUAACUGUUACGGAUGCAACUGAUGGUGCAAUUUUACCUGAAUCAGUUUGCGGUUCCACAAAUAUUAUCAUAAAAAUAGACAGCGAUGACCGAUACAACGAACUGAAUAAGGUUAACAAUGUUUUAUAUAAAAAAGUUGAUAUAAAUUGUGAGGGAAAUUUAUUCGAAUUGAUAGAUGUCAUAUCUGAUCAAUUCAAUGAACCACUUCAUCAAUUUACUUCCGGAAUGAGCUAUUCGUCGUGGAAAUUUGAUGUUAUUUUAAGAACUAAUAACUACGAUAUCUAUUCUCCUUAUCGGGAAACUGGAGAACCUCUUUUAACCAUUAUAUCAGCUUUUUCAGCUGAUUCGGAGUUUUCCGACGACGAUAUUCAGAUCCCAGUCACUAUGAGUGAUAUAUCAAAACGACUUGUAUCGUUUGGUCUGUUACCAAAUACGGAACUUAGAUUGCCAUUAAAUGAACUUUCUAAUAUUAAUAUACCAGCUGAUAUUUGUGCCUCAAUUAAUUAUUUACUUAUUGGUAUAUUGCCCUCUAAAAAUCAACUAAUACUAGAGAAGAAGCUUGAUAACAAUUUCCAUUAUUACCCGAUUAAGAAAUUAUGCAAUCCUGGCCAGAAAGUUAUGGCAGAUACUAUAAGUAAACCUGUAUCAAUCUCAAACCUUGAUCAGCUAUACGAAUUUGCUGCUAUAGUUAGAACAUCGUUCGCUUCAGCUACUACGUUGAAAUACGGUUGGUGGAUAUCCCACGAUGAUAAACUGCAAGAUAAUUUAGAUUUUAAUCUGGAGUAUGGAAAAGUAUCUGCAAUUGGAGAUAUACUUUUCACGAAGAACGUUACAGUACCUGGUCGAAUUGCUCCAAAAUUUUGCGGAAAAGUUUACAUCCUUUUCCAGGUUGAUCCUCAUGAUGAAAUAAUUGAGGUAAGAGAGGAUAAUAAUGUUGCUAGCAAAUUGAUAAAAGUUAGCUGCAGUGGUGAUUUAAUAACUUUAAGGGAUGUUAAAUUGUCCUGGAUCAGUAAUGAACUACUUGGAAGUGCUUCAAAUAGUUUAACUAUAAAUGGAACUAUUGAAUGCACCGGUCAAAGUAAAUGUCCUAACGCACCUCUUUCUGGAGAUCAUUACAAGAUAAAACUGCACGCUUACGAUUCAAGCUUUAAUAUUCUUUCAUCUCUCAGUCCUUCUUUCUUGCAAUCGUCGAUGCUUCAACCUUCUGAUCUACUUACUAAAGAUUUUUCUACUGGUACCAUCGUUUAUAGUUUUACCGCCAACAGUAAAUUUCAACUCAGCAAUCCGUCAAUAAGCGAUCUUGUGGAAUAUAUUGGAGUUAAUCUGGAAACUGAUCAAACAACUGUCGGACCAUCAGAUGCUAAAUUACGCUUAAUACCUUUUAAAUAUUAUAAAGAAGUUGGUUCAGUAGAUUUUAGCAUAGAUACUUUUACAGUUGCACCACAGAGUGGUGACGUCACAAAGGUAAUCAAUAUGAAUUUAAUUGUUGGAGUUGCAACCUCUAUGUGGAAAGACGAAAUUACCGAGCCCUUAUUUGGUUACAGUCUCUACCUUUCACUUGAUUCCGUUAUUACUAGUGAUGAUAUUAACAUUAAUUAUGUCCCAAGUGAGGCUAUAAUUAAGAAUUUAGUAACAUCUUCACCCACAGUAAAUCUUGCUGAUCCUUCAAUUAAACUUAAUACUGACAUAAUUCAGAGCUUUUGCGGAAAAGAAGUCUAUUUCGGUGUUAUCAUAGACCCGGCAAACAGAAUUAAAGAAUCGGAUGAAACUAAUAACUUUGCAUCUGUUAAAAUUACAAUAACGUCGUGCGAUAAUGGAGUUACGUCUUAUGUCAAAAGCAUAAAUUAUCUUCCCUCCUGGGUAGUAUCAUAUCAAGCCAUAACAGCAAAUUUUCUCGUAGAACAUGUUCUAACAGGAACGUUAGAUAUUCCGGCUGCUGUUGAUGGUAAAGUUAAUUAUAAGCUAAACUGUGAAUUGUUAGAGGAUAUUUGGUCAUCAAAACAUAAAUUUAGCUUUAAAAUUGACACUUCGUCAAUAAGUCAAACAAAAGAGCAAAUUACUUCCGGUGCAAAUAUAGAUAAUGGUAUUGCUGUUUUAGUUCAACACUCUUUUCCCUUUACAUUUAAUAUUGCCCCAAACUAUUCAAUUUGCGGUAGAUUAUGGAUGAUCAAGUGGCAAGUUGAAUUUCUUACGAAUACCCUAAGCUCAAAAAAAGUUGUUCUACCUCCUUAUUAUGAUAACAUAUUCAUAUCAUGCCCUCAAGGGGAUUUGUUAGUUCUUGAGAGUAUCGAUAUUAAACAUACCCCGCCACUGUGGUGGUCUGAUUCAACAAACUAUUUUAAAUUUAUAGCCAAAGUACGAAAUAUUGGAACAAACGCGGCCGAUGCAAUAGCCGAAUCGUCUGGAUCAAGAAAAUAUAGUUUCAUGAUUGAACAAUAUUUUUCAAUAGAUGAUUCUCUAGAUACGCAACAAGACACAAAACAAGAUGUUCGCCUCCCGGGAGAUUAUAUACACGAUUAUGAGAAAUCAGUAGAACCUAAAGAAGAAGUUGUAACCCCAGUUCUAACCGGAUAUUUGAAGGAUUUAAGUCGAGAUCUAUGUAAAAGUGCUCAAUUAGAAACUUCUAAACCAACUAUUUUUUGGGUUAUGAAACCGGCGUCUGCAACUUAUUCAACAUUUACUUUUAACGACGUCUUAUCAGCGCCUUUAGAUAAAUCAAUAUUUACUUGUGAACCCGAUAAUAUUGAUUUAGCAGUCACGUCAUUAAAAAUUGGCGGCUUAAAUACAAAAAUAAGACAAAGUAUUGCAACUAACUAUAGAGUAGAGAUUUCUCAAUCAAAGACUGCAGAAGCAGAAAUCAAACGAUCAGACUAUUCGGGAAAUGAAUUAAGUUAUAGAUAUGAUUUCUAUCUAUCGAAUGAUGAUAAAUUUUCAAAGGACGAUUUAAUACUACCAAUUGAAUAUUCUAAGGAACAAAAGGUAACACUACAGCAAGGAAUCUCCUCGGCCACUCCAUCGGUAAUACCGAUAGAUGGUUAUAAUUUUGUUGUUCCUAAAGAUAGAGCCUUUUUUUGCGGAAAAUAUAACUAUGUGAUUGUCUAUGUAAAAGACUUAAAGAAUCCUAUUGAGCUUGAUCCAAACCUUCAUAAUAAUUGGAAAGCAACUCAAAUAGAAAUCGAGUGCCAAGAAGACCUUUUGACAUUUGACUCCUUACAAAUGACGCCGGUUUGGCCUCAAAAAAUGCUUUAUAGAGAUGCUUGGGCAAAGUUUCAAUUGUCUGCUACUAUAACUAGUUUAAAAGAUAUACCAAGUUCCGUUGAUGAGCGUGAAUUGUUUACAUUUAAAAUAUAUCUCUCUGAAGAUGGCAUCUUAGAUACAUCUAACGACCCCGAACUGGAAAUGAAGCUCGAAGAUGAUAUUUUUGGCAUACGCAGAAAAGGUUGGCAAGCCAUGGAAACAAGGAGCUUCCGGGAAACUGUCAGCAUUAAGGCUUCUCAAGCUAUUUGCACAUUCAGACCGCAAUUUCUUUUCGUCUAUCUUGUGAAAAACGCUCAAAUUACCAUACAAGAAUAUGUCACAGAGAAUAAUGCACAGUAUAUUCCCUUUAGCCUAAACUGCCAGGUGAAACGUAUCGAAUUGAGUGCCAAAUCAUUUACUUUAGUUAAUCCACAAGCAGUUUACACAACGGGAAGCGAAACUAAAUAUACAUUAUCUGUUUCUAUUCAUCUCGAUGGAGGAGCAAUUCUCGAACCUUUAUUUAAAUUGAGAAAAGGAUUUAAUAUUAAAUUCUAUCUAUCGACCAAUACCAGCUGGGAGCAUUCAGAUUAUCCAUUAGACUAUACAAUGACGGAUGAUAAUUAUGAUAAAUUAAAAGCUAGCUAUAAAGUAUCAACUGAUUUAUCAUUCGAUGCCGACGAUACUCAUAAACUAAAAAUUCCUGUCACUUUACCACCAAGAUUCUGUGGAUCAGUUUAUCUUAUUGUUUUUGUAGAUAAUGAGAAUCAAAUUGAAGAAGCAGAUGAGUCAAACAAUUUCAAAGAAAUUCCUAUUUUUAUUGAUUGUAUGGGUGAUGAAUUCGAGACCAGAAAUUGGAAAAUAUGGCUACAACAGGUUUAUUACGGUGCACCCGGAUUAAUUAAAGUAGAAACUGAUGUUAAAUUGAAAACUGCAAAUGUAAAUAAGACAAACUUCGAUAUUACUGUGUGGGUAAGGGAAAAUAAAGAGUCUGUUUGGUUAGAAGUCACCCCAAGCGAUUGGGAAAGCGUUAACACAGAUAAUUACGAUACUAAAUCUAUAAAGGGAAAUCUUGACUUUAGAUCUGCCUGCAAAGCAGAUGUUGAUAAGAUAACGAACGGGUUAAAAGAAGUGAAAAUUGAAGCUAGCUACAAUUUGUCCUUGUCGAAUUGCGUAGGCAAAAAUAAUCGGGCCUAUAGGCUGGCAAACGUCGAUUGCUCUGGCGAUUAUAUAGACUUGUCAAUCGACGACUUUUCUUUAAGCAGUACUUUAAAUUUUGGAUAUAAUCCCUUCAUUCUUGUAUUUAAAGCAGAUUUGAGCUCUCCUUCGGUUGGUUGGGAUGCCAUGUCGGCUUUAUCAAGACCUAAAUUUAAAUAUAGGUUUAAAGUUGAAUCAGUUUUAGAAUGGAUUUAUUUAAGGCAUGUUGCCGACACAAGACUAGAUAAGAAAAGACUAGUAACUGAAGAGAGAUACAUAAAAUACAAUGCAACAAAACAUAACUCGAUAAUUAACGAAGCUACUAAAGAGACAAGAUUAAUGAAUGUUUCCGAUAAUAAUUUACAAUUUAAUCAUGAUGAACUAUUACUAUUGUGCCACGCUAUUUCGUCAAAGCUUUCAGUUCACGUUGACUCAGAAGAAGAUAUUAAUGAAAGCAGCGAAUCGAAUAAUAUUGGUUCUUUAAAUGUAGUUGUUAAUUCAUCACAUUGCUUUGAUGGUCCUCCUGCGAAGGACGUAACCGUUAGGGCAUGGAAAAUAAAGGCUACGAAUGACGUUAUGAAAGUUAAUACGAACUAUAAUUACGACUUAAAAAUACUAUUAAUUCUCGUAAAACCUUUACAUCUUGACGGAUUAAACGGAACCGACUCCACACACAUGAAUAUUCAAUUUUUCAUAACCGAUGGAAAAAGUUCAGUGGAUAUCCCAGUCACUUUGUCUUCUUCGCAAUUAGACGCUUUAAAAGCUUGGUACUGGAACAUUUCCAUAAUUGACAUGUCCGAUUCGAAUCUUAAAAUUCCAUUGAAUAAUGAAACUUACAGAUGGUGUUGGAAACCGGUUCAGAUAGGAAUAAAGCUUGACAGCUCAAAUAAACAAAUUGAAGUAAAUGAAGAUAACAAUGAGGGUUUUUACAGUGUCAUCUUAGACUGCGGAUCUAAAAUAAACGAAUGCAAUUUAGGACUCCAUAACUGCGAUGUUAAUGCCAAAUGUUCAGACUUACCCAAGUUCUUAUAUUCAAAUACUCGACAGGAUGGUUUUCAAUGUUCAUGUAAACCCGGAUUUGAAGGUAAUGGAACAUCUUGCUAUAACAUUGAUGAUUGCAAAAUGGCCAAAGACGACUGUGUAACAGAUGUAUCAGUCUGUGUUGAUACAAUUGGUAGUUAUAAGUGUUCAUGUAAAGAUGGAUAUGCAGCGGAUUUGGACGGAAAGUGUCAAAAUAAGGACGAGUGUACUUUAAAAACUCAUAAUUGUCAUGUAAAGGCUACCUGCGAGGACACUAUAGGCUCUUUUAAAUGUACUUGUAACCCGGGAUACGAAGGCGACGGAGUAACUUGUACAGAUAUUGACGAAUGUUCCAAGUUGUCAAAUAAAUGUUCUGGCAAAGGUACUUGUAUCAAUGGCGCAAAUAUGUAUAUUUGCGAAUGUAUAGAUCAUUACUCUGGAGAUAAUUGUGAAGUAGCAAAUGGAAAUUGGGGAUUGUGGUCUGCUUGGUCGACUUGUUCAAGCAAGUGUAGUAGCGGAGUUGAACUACGAAGUAGGAAGUGUAAUUCUCCAGAACCUAAAAAUGGUGGUUCUUUGUGUGCGCCUUUAAAUGGCACAGGUUCAAUUGAACUUAGAAAUUGCUCUAAUUCUCCUUGUCAAAGUACUUUUAAAUGGUGUGAAAAAGAUCCUUGUGGGGAAGAAUCAGGUGGAAUAUGUAGCUAUACAGACAAUGGGCGCUUGUUUCAAUGCUCGUGUCGUAUUGGGUACGUUCCAAAGUACAAUGCCACAGGAGCAUUUAUGCACUGUGAAGAUCUAAAUGAAUGUAAUCAACCAGGAACUUGCCAUCCUUUGGCCAUCUGCCAAAACACAAAAGGUUCCUACAGUUGCACUUGUAAAGAUGGUUUUGAAGGAGAUGGAACUUCCUGUGAAGACAUUGAUGAAUGUUCCAGGGGUACUCACGGAUGCGAUUCUUCUUUAGAAGUCUGUGAGAACGUAGGAGGAACUCGUAAUUGCAAUUGUAAAGAUGGUUUUAAAAAGUCUCCAAAGGGUGUAUGUAUAGAAGACAGGCUAUUACCUUAUGGAAUAGGGGUUGGUGAUAAAUUAUUAACAGAAAUUAGCCCUAUAACAAAUGAAACUAUAUCGAAAUUAUUUAAAAUCCCGAACGGCGUAAGCGUAAGCGACGGACGAUUAAUGGAUUCUUUAUAUGUUACCGAAAAUGGAAUUAUAGUAUUAACAAAUGAUAAAAGUUAUCAGGACUUGAACACGUUCAGACAUCCGCUUAAAUUUACCGAUAUACCUGAUGGUUAUGGAAUUAUAGCCCCAUUUUGGGCUGAUGUCAGAACAGACUUAGAAAAGAGUAAAAUAUAUGUCCAAUCUUAUACAGAUACCACUUCAUCAGUUUUUGAGAAGGCAACGAAAAAGUUGAGUAAGGUUUUAGAUAAAAGCAUUAGCGGCUUAAAGUACAUUUUUGUAGCUACUUGGGAGAACGUCAUGCCUCAUUAUCUAACUCAAAGUGAUCAAUUAAACACGUUCCAGGCUGCCCUCUUAACGGACUACAACCACGCCUAUGUAUUAUUUAUGUACGAGAGCAUGAAGUGGAACCCAGUUUAUCCUACAAAGCAAUUAGCAAGCAAAGGAUAUCCGGUUAGGGUUGGUUUUGGAUUGAAACCUGUAGGAGGUAGCAAAAAAGUACAAGAAGAUGAAAAUUCAGCCAAGUGGUCAUCUGAUGAAUCUCUACCAAAUGCCUACAGGCUAGAUAAAAGGAAAGGAUAUAUUGCUUAUAGCUUAGACGAUAACGAUUUAACAUACAAAAGUCCGAGGCGCCAUUGUAGCGAAUGGUAUCAAAAAGAGGGUAGCAUAUCAAGUUGGGAUAACGGAGUAGUUGACUCUUGUCCAGCGCAUAUAAGUCAAGUUGAAAUAGAUAAAAGAUUCCAAACUGACAAUCAAUGUUAUAAAUCUUUGUUUACUAUUGGCCCAUGGAUUCGUUGUUGUUAUUGGCCAGGCAAUGGAGCACUUAAAACAUUAAAGAAUACAAAUAAUGGUAUAGUUUUUUCGACAUCAUCCAAUCCAAUAGGAUAUGUCUCUAGAUAUACUGAAAAUUCAGUAAAGACAAAAGAAAAUUACUUAAAAGAUGUAGCUCCUUUCGAAAGUUGUUGCCUAAAUAGCAAUGAUCCUAGCCACUUUUGUAAAAUGUAUUUGGCAAAAAGGCCAAUGUCAGAUUACACCAAAUAUGAUAAGCCUCAAGUCGGAGCAAUUUUCGGAAUGAGUCACUUAAGAACAUUGGAUGGAAAGUAUCUUACUUUUACAAACUUUGGAGAAUACGUUCUUUUGAAAUCAAUACCUACAUCCCCAAAUAAAGUGGAAAUUCAGGUCAGAAUGGAAGAUAUUGCAGGAGUAGACGGAAGAAAAACGGUUGUCUGUACAGGCAUUGCAGUACAAGUAAACGGAGGAACAAAUAUUCAAGCAUAUCUACAGUCCGAAUCGGAAAUUAUAAUGUACGUCAACAAUGAGGUGCGAACGUCAACCUCGACAACCACUAGCGAUGUCAUUAUAAAAGGAAACUCACCCGAAUAUUAUAUAAUCUUCUCAAUAGGAUUAUGGAUAAGGGUCACGGCUUCUCAGAAAAAACUUCUUUGCGUUGUCUACGCUGGAAAAUCUCAUGGAAAAGGAGACUUUGAAGGCUUAUUAGGAUUGUUUGACUUAAACCCGAAAAACGAAUUUAAAGCCUCCACAGGAGGUCAAUACUCGGAGAACCCUGAUAUUUCAGACAUCGAAGCUUUUGUCAGAUCGUGGAACUUGAGGGUAGUUUAUGGCAUAUCCGAUGAAGGGACGAGUGCUAAUACGCAAUCUCUUUUCACACAAUACGAUGCUAAUAAAUAUAAGAAUGCAAACGAAUUCUACAAUCUUGAAUAUUCUCCACCACUGUUCAAUGAACAACAAUAUAAUGAUGUAGAAAGAAGUUCAUGUAUCUAUAAGGCAGAUCCGUUACUCUUUUGCAUGCAUGACUUAAAAGUAACCAAUAACAAAAACUAUGGCACAAAGACUUUAACGGAAUAUGAAUAUUUGGAAAAAACAUCGUUUCUAUUUGCCUCCUCUAUUCCAGAGGUAGCGGAAAUUCCUGAUAUAAAAUUAUCAGUAGGACAGAAAUGGACAUAUGAUUUAGAGAUCAUGGACAAAAAUGGCGAUCCGGUAUCAGUAAUUGCGUCUGUUGACGCUGCUAGUAAGAAUAAUCGAGACAUAUCCAUUAAAACUGAACCGGUUAAUAAUACUAUUGGUAAAUACAUAUCGAGUAUCGAAUGGAUUCCAGUUGCUAAGGAGAAAGCCAUUGUCAAUCUACUUGUAAAUAAUACGGAUGGAAUUAUGGUAUUAAUAAGACCCAGAGUAAUUUUGUGCUCUUGUGAACAUGGUAAUUGUAGGGACACCUUUAUGGAACCAUUCACUGAUACUUUUACCUUCUCUGUAUGCAAAUGUACAAUUGGGUACGAUGGUAAAAGAUGCGACAUCGAUAAGUUAGGUUGUGCAUGGAAAGACUGCUACGGACAUUGCACAGAUUUAACAACAGCACAAGCUAUAGCAAAGGGCAAAGAGUUUGAAUGUGAUAAAUGUCCUUUAGAUAUGUUGGGCAACGGACACAAUUGCUAUGAUGUAAAUGAGUGUACAGGGUUAAAUCAAUGUCAACAGUUGUGUAUCAACACACCCGGAUCGUAUGUUUGUUCUUGCCGGGUAGGGUAUCAACUAAAACAAGAUAGAUUUUCUUGCGAAGAUAUUCCAGAAUGCGGGACAAAUUUAGCAGCAAAAUGCGAUAUAAAAUAUGGAAAAUGCAUCGAAGAGCCCGGCUCAUUUAGUUGCCGUUGUGAUAGCGGAUUUCAACUAGACAAAAAAGGAACUUGUGUAGAUAUUGACGAGUGUUUAACUUCUAAUGGAGAUUGCGAAAGACACUGUAUUAAUACAUUCGGUAGCUACGAAUGUUCGUGCGGUUUAGGUUAUAAAACAGAUCCGGUAGACCAACGUCGAUGUAUAGAGAUUAAUGAAUGCGAGUAUGAUAACGAAUGCGAUCAAAUCUGCACAAAAAAAAUAGGCUUUUAUAGUUGUUCCUGUAGAAUUGGUUUUCGUUUGGACUCUGAUGGAAAAUCGUGUGAACCAUUAAAUCCAUGUACAAGUUUAACAUGCGGUGCCAACGCUAUUUGUGCCAUAGAAAGUGGAGAUGAAAAAUGCCUUUGUAAAAGUGGAUUUGUUAUGGAUCCUACUAAUGCUACAAAGUGUAUUGAUGUGAACGAGUGUUCUGCAGGAUUCCAUCAGUGUAAUCUUUACACGUCUAGUUGUAAUAAUUCAAUUAGUAGCUAUUUUUGUACUUGCAACAAAGGUUAUAAACCAUCGGAGAACAAUCCUAGAGACUGCAUUGAUAUCGAUGAAUGUUCAACAGAUCCUGGUUGCCAACAUAUCUGCAAAAAUAUGCCAGGAUCUUUCGCUUGCUUAUGUAAAGAAGGUUAUAUUUUAGGGGCAGACGGAAAGUCUUGUAUUGAUAUAGACGAAUGUGGUAAUGGCGUCGAAAAUAAAUGUGAUUUAGACGCCACUUGUACAAACACUGACGGAAGUUACAAAUGCGAUUGUAAACAAGGUUUUGACGGUUCGGGAUCAAUCUGUAUAGAUAGAAACGAAUGCUUAGAUAGCAACGGGGGCUGUCAAGUAUCGUGUGUAAAUACCUACGGAUCCUAUGAAUGUGCAUGUGUUUCUGGUUUUAAAGAAGACGCAAGUGAUCCAAAGAAAUGUUUAGACGUUGACGAAUGUACUAAUGAUAUGCAUGAUUGUCAACACGAAUGCGUUAAUACUCCUGGGUCUUUCGUUUGUCAAUGUAGGAUAAACUUUAAACUUGGUCAGGAUGGGAAGUCGUGCGUACCAACCGUCCCUACUUGUGACUAUCAAUGUGGCGGUGGUCAAUGUAUUAAAGUCGGGCCAUUAGAAACUUGUAUUUGCAACUAUGGUUAUGAUAAGACAAGUGCCGACCUAUCAGAAUGCGUUAAUAUCAAUGAAUGUGUUUUAGAUAUCCACAAAUGUAAUACUGAAAAGAAAGCAUUGUGUGAAGAUAAAAGCAGUGGUUAUAAUUGUAUUUGCCCGAGUGGCUACAAACUUUCUUACGAUGGUAUCACUUGCGAUAUUAUUGAUAAAUGUACAGAUAAAGAAAAUCCACAUAAUUGCGAUAAAUUGACGACAGUUUGUAAGAGAGUUGAAACGUCUUUUGAGUGCGUUUGCCGUAACGGUUUUGUACCUACUGAGGAUAAGGGGAAAUGUAAAGAUGUCGACGAGUGCCUGGAAGAUAAGCACAAGUGCGCGUUGACCGCCAACUGUGUAAAUACGGCUGGAUCGUUUAAGUGUCGAUGUAAACCUGGCUAUGAGGGAGACGGAAGAACAUGUUCCGAUAUAAAUGAAUGCUUAAUAUCAAAUAUAUGUCAGUUAAACGAAAUAUGCCAGAAUAGUCAAGGAAGUUAUAAAUGCAUUUGUAAGAAAGGCUAUAAGAGGAAAUUUAGCGAUUCCAGUAGUGACGGUGAAUGCGUCGACAUAAACGAAUGUUUGUCGCCUCGAUUGAAUGAAUGCAAAUCACCAGAAGCCUAUUGUGUUAAUACUGAAGGAAGUUCAGUUUGUCGUUGCAUAAACGGAGCGAGAUUAAACUCUGACGGUAAAUCCUGUACAAUUAUAGACAAAUGUGAUGAUUCGAAAAAUUGUAAACAAUUGUGCAUAAAGCACAACGGAACCGAUACAUGCAUAUGUAAAUAUCCCCUUGAUGAACUUUGUAAUGACGUAAAUGAAUGCUCUAAAAGUGCUGACGUUUGUGACACAAGAAAUUCUAAAUGCGUGAACAAAAAACCAGGUUUCAGUUGUAAUUGUAUUGAUCCAUGGCUACCCGAUGCAGACGGCCUAGGCUGCUCCGAAACGAAUGGGGCGUGGGGCGAAUGGCAAAGUUGGACUCAUUGCUCAAAGACUUGUGAUGGCCAAAGAAUGAGAACGAGAGCUUGCAAUAGUCCUUCUCCAGUGGGUGUUGGAAGAAAAUGCCCUGGAAAUGUUUCUCAAUAUCAGUUCUGUAAUGGUGGAAGAUGUUCCGUAAAUGAACCCCAGCUAAAGAAUGCUGCUAUGAUUAAAUGGAGCUCUCUCCCACUAGAAUUAUAUCAUACAGUCGAAGAACCCCUAUUUAGAACCAUAGCUAAAACAGUGAACUUGUUUUGCAAGCAAUCGAAUACUACUUUCGAACAAUGCUGCUUAACAAGUAUCAGUUUAGAAAAUAUAGCCACUGAUUUGAGCUUUGUAAAAUUUACCGAUUUUCAAGCUGCAUCAUCCUAUCCUAGGCAGUUUGGACAGAAUGGUACAAAAGUAAUUGUGUUUGGAACAACAGCAACCAAUCUAGAGUUUUGUAAGCCUAAAGUAACGAAAAGGAAUGCGGAUCCAUCAACGCACCGAGAUAUCCCUCAGCAAGUUCUAAUCAACUCUUUUAAUGAGCCUAACUUUGAAACCGAACUGAGGGAUCAGGCGAGGAGAAAGAGCUUGGACAGUCUAAUUAGUAAUGUUUUAAAUUUUCAAGUGUCAGAAGCUGUCAAUGAAGACGUUAAGCCAACUGUAACACCAACCGUUGGGACAAAGAAGUCGGAAAGCUUUCCUAGUUGGGCAAUAGCUGUUAUAGUAAUAGGCUCCUUGUUAAUUUUAACUUGCUUCGCUUGCGUUAUGUUUAAAGCAUGUAAAAUGGACAACAAAGGGUCGAGUCAAGGUAGAGUUUCUCCAUCUGAAAAUAUAAAUUUGGACGAAGGUAUUAGAAGAACACCAAGAUUAAAUGAAUAUAAGGACGUCACUGGAACUCUCAGUUAA